AUGGAUCAAUUCAGGCAAAUUGGUGAAGUAGUUGGGAGUUUGAAGGCUCUAAUGGUGUUGAAAAAUGAUAUCCAAAUCAAUCAAAGGCAAUGUUGUUUUCUAUUUGAUAUGUUUGCUCAUUCUUUUGAUACCAUUUCUGAAGAAAUCAAACAUAAUUUAAGGUUAAAUGAGAGGAAUAUAAAGUGGAAUGCUCUUGAGCUGCCAAUGAAAGAGCUUCAUAGGAUCUUUAAAGAAGGCGAAUCGUAUGUAAAAUAUUGUUUGGAUGUUAAAGAUUUAUGGGGGAAAGCCAUAAGUCUCCAUAUGAACAGAGAUUGUGUUGAGUUUCAUAUUCAUAACUUGCUGUGUUGCUUCCCUGUUGUUAUUGAAGCUAUUGAGACUGCUGCAGAAAUCUCGGGGUUCGAUGAGGAGGAAAUGCAGAAGAGGAGAACCGCGUUAAUGAGGAAAUACAAUAGGGAAUUGAUUGAUCCGAGGUUUUUUCAGUGGAUGUCUGGGAAGCAGUAUUUGGUAACUCGCGAAAUAUGUAGCCGAUUGGAGAGUUGUUGGAAAGAGGAUAGAUGGUUGCUUAUCGAUACGAUAAAGCAAAAGAAAACAGAAACUUUGUUGAAGUAUGAACAAAGGCUUGGAGACUUAUUGUUAAGGAAAUUAGAUGGUGUUGAACCAAUUAACAAGAUAUUGUUGCCUAGUUCAAUCUUAGUCGGAUCAAACGAUUAUCAUGUGAAGAGACGUUUAGGGUCGUGGGGCGGACAUGUUAAGGAGAUACAAUGGUUAGGGGAGAGUUUUGCUCUGAGGAACUUUUUCGGAGAGGUUGAACCGUUACAUGAUGAGAUUUCUUUGGUGUUUUCUUUAUCCCAUCCCAACAUUCUGCAAUAUCACUGUGGUUUCUAUGAUGAAGAGAGGAAAGAAGGGUACCUUGUUAUGGAGCUGAUGAACGAUACUCUUGCAACGUACAUAAAAGACCAUUCAGGUCAGAGGAAGAGACCGCCUUUUUCAACGUCUGCUGCAGUUGAUAUUAUGCUUCAGAUUGCAAAAGGAAUGGAGUAUCUGCACUCAAGAAAGAUUUAUCACGGAGAAUUGAACCCGUCUCAUGUACUUCUUAGAGCAAGGAAUUCCUCAGCAGAGAGUUAUUUUCACGUAAAACUCAAAGGGUUCGGUUUAACUUCUAUCAAAAGUACUUACAAGAAAGCCAGCGACAAUGCAGCUGAUUCCAUCAUAUGGUAUGCCCCGGAAGUUCUAGCUGAACAAGAAAAACCAGGAAGCAAGUGUGCCUACAAGUACACAGAGAAAGCUGAUGUCUAUAGCUUCGGAAUGAUUUGUUUCCAAAUUUUAACGGGGAAAGUUCCGUUUGAUGAAGGACAUUUGAAAGGGGAGAAAGUCGUGCGGAAUAUCAGAGCAGGGGAGAGGCCUCUCUUCCCAUAUCCUUCACCUAAAUACCUUGUGAACUUAACAAGAAGAUGUUGGCACACAAAUCCAAAUCUUCGUCCCCGUUUCUCGUCUCUAUGCAGGAUUUUACGUUACAUCAAGAAGGUCCUUGUCAUAAAUCCGGAACAUGGCCAACCUGAAACUGCCCCUCCACUUGUAGACUACUGUGAUAUUGAGGCUAGCUACUCGAAGAAGUUUGCUGAAGAGGAGAGCACGAGUUUGACCCCGGUGUCACAGAUUCCUUUUCAAAUGUUUGCUUACCGACUAAUUGAGAAAGAGAAGAUUUUUGGAAAGAACUGGGAUCCAUCAAAUGAUGUUUUUUCGGUCCAUAGGAGAACAUCAAUGCUGAGUGAUGACGGGCAAUUGUCUGCGAUGGAUGAUCUCUUUCUUGCACCGAGUGAUGGAAGGUCAGUUUGCUCCGAGAUAAUUGACAGGAAAGAUUCAAGAUUGUUUGAUCAGAGGUCAGCUAUCUCCGAGAUACCACAUAGAAGGCUUUUCUUAUUCGAUCAAACAUCAGUUGGUUCUGAGAGUCCGGACAGGAGAUUCUCGUCUGUGGCAGCAGCAGAUGAAACGUUUUUCUUUGCUGAUAGUCCGGACAGGAAAGGAGCAGUAUCAUCACCAAUAGUUAAUAGGUCACCACGCAUUGACACACUAGAGAAAAAGAUCAUCUCAUCGAUGAGCAAGAACCAAAGACUCAAAUUUUUGGCCAACCAAGAGAAGGCAAUGUCUCCAAAAGCAGGUGAUGAAAAACCUUCAUCAGACGUAGCAGCUGCGCAAAAUUUAGCAUCUCCUCGGACUUUAGAGAAGAUGAAAUCAGCUGAACAAAAUUUAGUAACUACUCCGACUUCAGAGGAGAUGAAACCAGCUGAGCAAAAUUUGGUAUCUCCACGGACUACAGAGAUGAAGAAAUCAGCUGAGCCAAAUUUAGUAUCUCCACGGACUACAGAGACGAAGAAAUCAGCUGAGCAAAAUUUAGUAUCUCCUCCGACUUCAGAGAAGAAAAUUUUAUCUUAUGAUCAGAAAUUGACUAGUUCUGAGACUCAAGAAAAGAAACACGAAUCAGAUGAUCAGAAACUAAUCAGUUCCGAGGCUCAUGUGAAGAAACAUUCAUCUGAUGAUGAGAAAUUACAGCGUUCAAAGACUUUAGACCAGAAAAAGUCAUUAGCUGCCAAUGCCAAACCACUUCAUGGCGAGGACAUGCAAAGGAAAAGUUUGAGGACUAGGAGAAUAAACCAAAAGUUAUUCAACAUUGUAGAGAAGAAAGUUCCUGAAGCUAAUCAGAAUUCAAUGUCAUACGAGAAUCACGAAAAAAUUGCAUCCAAGCCCAUCAAUCAAAAGACAGCAGUCAAGAAAGAUUCAUUGUGCAACAAAGUGCAGGGCACAAAGACUAGCACUAUACCAGAGAAACCGAUCGACGACUCACCAAGAUCUUCACCAGCUAGAGCUAAUAGAAUACAUUCAUCGCCAAUGUCUUCUCCAACACGAACCCCAAAGACAUAUUCAAGAUCACCAGCAAUCACCUCAAAGGGAUACGGAUAUCAAUCCCCAAGUUCAUCACCAUUAAAUCCAUGUUCGCGAUGCUCCAGAGUAAACCGAGAGUGUCAAACUUCAGGUAUGAGCCCACAUAUACAGAGGAAAGCUCAUACCUCUCAUUCAGAAUAG